UACUGCAGUUAGACCCUACUCUCCUGCGCUCCAGCCACCGUCGAGGCUAUGGCUCUCCUGAAAACCAGCAAGCUUAUCUCCUCUGUCGGGACUUUUUCACCGUCCCUGGGUGUCCUUUCCAUCCGAGCCAGCUCAUGGUGGUCUGAGGUGCAGAUGGGACCACCUGAUCCCAUCCUGGGUGUGACUGAAGCCUUUAAGAGGGACAGUAAUCCCAAGAAAAUGAACCUGGGUGUUGGAGCUUACCGAGAUGAUAACGGCAAACCCUAUGUUCUCAACUGUGUCCGUAAGGCUGAAGGACUGAUUGCUUCUAAGAUGCUGGAUAAGGAAUAUCUGCCCAUCGGCGGUCUGGGAGAUUUUGCCAAGGCAUGUGCUGAGUUGUCUCUUGGGCCUGACAAUGAAGUCCUACAAAGCAAACGGAACAUCACAGUUCAGACCAUCUCUGGCACUGGCUCUCUGAGGAUUGGUGCUAACUUCUUGUCAAGAUUUCAUACAGUGGCAAGAGAUAUCUAUUUGCCCAAGCCCUCCUGGGGAAACCAUACUCCUAUUUUCCGUGAUGCUGGCAUGCAGCUGAAAUCUUACCGUUACUACGACCCUUCCACCUGCGGCUUUGACUUUGCCGGUGCUCUUGAUGACAUCUCGAAAAUUCCAGAGCAUAGUGUGAUCAUGCUGCAUGCAUGUGCUCAUAACCCCACUGGUGUUGACCCCCGACCAGAACAGUGGAAGGAGCUCUCAGCUCUAAUCAAGAAGAGGAAUCUGCUGGUGUUUUUUGACAUGGCGUAUCAGGGCUUUGCCAGUGGGGAUAUCGACCGUGAUGCCUGGGCUGUGCGGUACUUCAUCGAGCAGGGGCACAACAUCCUCCUGUCACAGUCGUUCGCCAAGAACAUGGGCCUCUAUGGUGAGCGUGUAGGUGGGUUCACAGUAGUGUGUUCUGAUGCUGAGGAGGCAAAGAGAGUGGAGUCCCAGCUUAAGAUUCUUAUUCGUCCCAUCUACUCCAACCCACCCAUGAAUGGAGCACGCAUCGCAUCCACUAUCCUCAAUACACCUGAGCUGCGCGCCAUGUGGUUGGAGGAGGUUAAAGGUAUGGCAGAUCGUAUCAUUAAGAUGAGAGAACAGCUUGUUGCCAAUCUGAAGAAGGAAGGGUCCACUCAUAACUGGCAACAUGUCACUGACCAGAUUGGCAUGUUCUGUUUUACUGGACUCAAGCCUGACCAGGUGGAGCGUCUGACUAAGGAGUUCUCUGUGUACAUGACUAAAGAUGGUCGUAUCAGUGUUGCUGGGGUGACCUCAGGGAAUGUGGGAUACCUUGCACAUGCUAUCCAUCAGGUCACUAAGUAGAGUAAAGUAGUCUUGAACAGGAUGCAAAGCCACAUUCGCCGUCAUUUCCUGUUUCUGUGGCUUUGCCCAUUGGCUGUCUUCAUCGGGUCAAGUCUGACCACUCAAUACAUGAUCAGGAUGUCUGUCAUGGUUCUUUGUGACUCAACCAGGUCAGGUUGAAGGUCAUCUCUGGACACUCUUCGUAUCUGACUGAUGAGCACAAUGUUUCAUUAUUUUAAACAUUUCUGUACGGCACCUAUUUAUUGUAUGUGUGAGGGUAAGAUACAAACAAGCAAAUA